AUGUUAGCUAACGGGUUAGGUCAACUUGGUUUCACAUGGGCUUCAAGUCCCGCAUGUACAGAACUCGAAACGAUCGUUAUGGACUGGUUGGCUAAAAUGAUCGACUUGCCAAAUGACUUUUUACAUUCUCAUGCUGAUACAACAGGCGGCGGUGUUAUUCAAACUACUGCAAGUGAUGCAACAUUGGUCGCGUUGCUAGCUGCUAGAAAAGAAGCUAUUCGUCGAGUACAAUCUCAAUUUCCUUAUUUGAGUCCAUCUGAAAUCAAUGGACGACUAGUAGCUUAUUGUUCAGAUCAGGCACAUUCGUCGGUCGAGAAAGCUUGUUUGAUUGGUCUUGUAAAAUUAAAUCUUGUACCAUCAGAUGAAAAAUUAUCUUUGCGUGGUAGUGGGUUGAGACAAGCUAUUGCAAAAGAUAAAGAAAAUGGUCUUAUUCCGUUUUAUCUGUGUGCUACAUUAGGAACUACUGGUGCUUGUGCAUUUGAUAAUCUCGUUGAACUCGGUCCAAUCUGUGACAGAGAACAUAUAUGGAUACACGUCGAUGCUGCUUAUGCAGGAACAGCUUUUUUGUGUCCAGAAUUUCGCCAUUUUAUGGAUGGUGUUCAAUAUACAAGCUCAUUUGCAUUCAAUCCAUCGAAAUGGAUGUUGGUUCAUUUUGACUGCACAGCAAUGUGGGUUAAAACAAGUGCAUCACUACAUCGUGCAUUCAACGUGGAUCCACUCUAUCUACAACAUGAAAAUGCAGGUGUUGCUAUUGAUUACAUGCAUUGGCAAGUACCACUGAGCCGGCGUUUUCGUUCACUCAAAUUAUGGUUUGCAAUUCGAUCAUAUGGUAUUAAUGGACUUCAAGAACAUGUUCGGCAUGGUGUGAAUAUGGGUCGUCUAUUUGAAUCCUAUGUAAAAUCAGAUGAACGAUUUGAAAUACCAGCUGAAAGACAUUUGGGUUUAGUUGUAUUUCGUUUAAAAGGUGAUAAUGAAUUGACGGAACAAUUGUUAAAGGAAAUAAAUAGUGGUGGGCAAAUACAUUGUGUACCAGCUAGUAUAAAAGGAAAAUACAUUAUUCGCUUCACUGUAACAUCGGCUGAUACAACUUCGAGUGAUAUUGAACGUGAUUGGCGUAUUAUUAAAACAGCUGCUACAAAAAUAUUAGCUCCACUAUUAAACGUCUCACCUCGAACUAGACGUCGAAAGAUGCGCACACUGAAUGAUGAUUUCCGUAUGAGUCUUGUCUUGUUCAAUACUCCACAUUCACCGUGUUUAAUCAAUGGGAGUUUUGCAGCCAUGUUGCCAUUGGAUUCGAAUGAUGUAUUUCAAAUGACCCAUGAAUUGAGUCAACGAGCAUUAACACAUUCACCAUUCCCUGUGACAACGAGACGUCGAGCUAGGAUAAUAUAUGGAAAUCAAAAACAAAUGAGUGUUGAUCAAGCAAUGCAAUCUACAUUAUCUACUCCAGUUACUCAUAUUCAAAGUCUGCCUGUUAUUAGUCGACAAGGUAGUCUUGAUUCACGGAUUGAGGAAAUUUUGGACAUGGAAUCGACUGGCACCACGCAUGAUUCAUCAUCACCAACUGAAACACUACCACCGAAAGAUAGCGAAUCGCAACAGGAAACAAGCAUCUUCAAUAAAUCAUUUAAAAAUAUGAAAAUAUCGUCCACUGAAGACCUUUCAAGUAUACCAGUAGAGGAUUAUCACCUUCAAAAUGGUCAUGCGAAAGAUGAUAAUGAAAUACGUAUAACAGUGCCAAAAAUAAAUAAAUUAAAAUGUAAAAGAAUCUUUCAUAAUUAA